AUAUUAAGUUAAUAGCCUCGGACAAGCUAUAAUGCAUAAUAAAAAGCAGAUAAAAAGUAUUUGACGUCAGUCUUUGACGCUCUACUGAAAUAUUAAUUUUGUGUUUUCAAAUGAAGUGUUUAAAUAAUCGUCAGAAAGUAAGAAUGCUGUGUCUGUCUGACCUCACUGUGCUGCUAUCAGCUGCACCCCUUGUUUUUUUUGUGUGUUUCUUUUUUUUUUUUUUACUCCCGCGGAGCGCAUAUGUUGCAGAACCCCAAGAAUCCACAGCCCUAUUUGCUCAUUCAAGACGACCAUAGCAAAAGGGUAGACAAGAUAUCGACAGGGCAACAAACAGAGGAAAGAAGAACCUAGUACCUUUAACCAAAAUAUUUCAAAUGCGUUUUACAUAGGAAUUGGUUUUAUGCUUGCUGCCCUGAUUAGGAUUUUUUGUCGGUUUGGCGAACAUUUAUUCCUCUAAAACGAGUAGACUCAGGAACGCAGGAAACAAUUCCAAAAUAACGAAUAAUGACUUUAGUGACAGUAAUAUGCUUAUAUAUUUGGAUUUGUUCAGCAAAUCUCCUUGGAGUAAGUGGGAUUGUCUACCAUUUUCCCAGUUUGAGGAUACAACGAGACAACUCCGAGAUUAGCACUGGACCACAGGCUGGGACGAAAGCACAUCACAGGAACUGGUGCCAGUACACAGUGUCCAAGACUGUGUCAUGCCAGGUACAGAAUGGCACAGAGACACUUGUGCAGCGGGUGUUUCAGAGCUGCCGAUGGCCAGGUCCCUGCUCCAAUCUCAUCAGCUACAGGACUCUGGUCAGGCCGACCUACCGGUUGUCACAGCGACGUGUGACUGCACUGGAGUGGCGCUGCUGCCCAGGCUUCCUCGGAGAGGACUGCAGAGAGGAGUGUCUGAACUGCACAGGCUAUGCUGCCGUCAAUGACAGAUUGAGGCUGAUAGAGAAUAAGAUCGCACAGUUUGAGGAGGUCGGAUCCUCCCCUGUGCCUCCCAUCCGCCGCUCACCUGAGGUCUCCUCUGGGAAUGAGGUGGGCUCCCUCAACCCUACCCUCCCCCCACUCUACACAGGCCUGCCAGGUCCCAGAGGGGGUCCUGGCCCGGCGGGCCCCCCAGGUGUUGCAGGACCCACAGGAGAGAUGGGGCUUGCAGGGCACCCAGGCCCUAUGGGAACUCCAGGGGCUCAGGGUCCACGUGGGUACCCAGGUGAGAGAGGCCUUCCUGGGCCAGCGGGGCCUCCAGGUCCUGCCUCCUCGUCCACUCCACAGCUACGAGGCGAUGUGUUCACACUCAGCACCAGAGAGCAAUAUGAGGACACCCCUCUGUCUUCCUAUCAGCCCCUCAGAGUCUCACCGGGUCUCCCUGGCCCUCCCGGCUCGCCAGGUCAGCCAGGCCCAGCUGGGCCCUCUGGGUCACCAGGACGUCCAGGACUGAAUGCUGAAGCAGGGGCCUCUGGGAUGCCCGGGGUGCGGGGGCCAAAGGGAGAUCCUGGAGAGAAGGGUUUUCCUGGAUUCUCUGGAAAGUCAGGUCUACCAGGUUCUCCAGGGCCUAAGGGAGAGCCAGGAGAACCCCAUCCAGAGGCUGAGGGGAUGCAGCAGCUUAGGGAGGCUCUGAAGAUUCUGGCAGAGAGGGUUCUGAUUCUGGAACACAUGAUUGGCAUCCAUGAUGGCCUGACAGAGCUGGGCUCUGGCCUUGACUUCCUGCCCAGCCUCAGGCCAACCGUAGAGACGCUGAAGAGUAAUGGAGGUCUCGCUAGCCUGCUGUAUCGUUGGUCCACAGGAGAGGAGAGACCAAACAGAGAGGAGCGCGUCAGGAGGGGAGAAGAACGCUGAACACCCCUGAGUCACAGUGGGUUUGGGAGCAACCCUGGCAUUGCGCAGGGGUGGACAUAUGUUGGAAGGUCCCAAGGCUGAGACUAAGCGGGGGUGAUCCAUAAAGGACUUUCUAUUCUGUGAUAAUUUGGUUGUUUAUUUUGUAAUUAUUACUUUUUUUGUAAGUGUUGCAAUGUUGUUUAGUAGUGAUGAAAUACACCAUGCUGACAAACCCCUAAGAUUUGUCCAAAGCACUGAGAUUUGUCUGAGGAAUCUAAGGUGUUUUGCCAACACUGUUUACAAAGGGGGGGAUUUUUCGUGCAGAAGGAGGUACUUUAACAUUCUAUCAUGUUUACUGAUAUUUAGAUCGAGUCCAAAGUUUCUGGUUUCUCUACUUGAUUUUAUAGGGUAUGCAAAAAUAAACAGUUGUGUAUAAAGGGUAGAUUGUUAUUUAUUUAUGCUUGAAGGCUAGCAUUACCAACAUGUGCACAAUUGUUGACACAUUCACUUACCCCAGGGAGAUAUAAAAAAUGCUGUUGCAUCGUAAAAAUCUACUUCACAACAUCUUUUUCUGAUCUUCAUGUCUGUUUGCCUUAUGAGUAGCUACAUUUAGCUUCCAGAAACUUCAGCGAAAGUAUAUUGAGUGUGCUGGGCAGGGGUUGGUACAUGUGCUCUGAGUAAAGAGUAGCUUUACCUUUUAUCUUUCAAACCCCUGACCUGAGGAUCUCAAACAGCAGAGUCAUCAGCUGGCUGUGAGUAUACAUGUAAGUAUAAAUGAUGGACAUUGGCAAAGAGGACCCCUCACAAAUGUUUAAAUAUGCUUUUGUAAUUGGGUGUCAGUAUGACUGUACUAACAUUAACCUCAGCACCCAAUAAAUUGUGUAGCUAUAACUCCUCUCAGAGUGUGGCUUGCUAAAGCCAAACACAGGCAUA